ACCGGUCACAGAGUCGCUAGCGCGCGUCGCCGCCGCCUGUGUGUGCCGAACUCUUCGCCUAACUGCGGAACGAAAAGUUUUGAAUCAAGAACGCGUUCUCGCAACAAUUUUAAAUCAACUUUUGUGUUUUUAAUUUUAUGACAUUGCGGAUAAGUGUUUAUUUUUUUAUUGGACCGCAACGGUAUUGCUGUGAUAGAGAAUUCUCCAAAAAAUGAAGUUUGAAAUUAAUUAAAAACAGUUUAUCAACCAAGUCAUCAACAAUCGUAAAAAUGGCGGCCGUCGAUAUUGCUGUUGAUAACAACAUGAAUAAGACUGAUAUAAACAACCAAAAGUUUGAGUUGAAGGCGACAGAUGCUGACUUGGAAAAGGGAGAGUUGAAAAAAGAAGAGCUAAGGGAAGAGUCAUCAAUACCUUGGAGUAAGAUUAUAAUAGCGAUGUUGGCGCUGGGUGUCCUCGUGGCGGCCUGCGCGGUCACCUGGGUGUUCCAGGACUGGCAGACCAGUCUCCAGGUCUUGGCCAUCCUUGCAGUGGUCUACUGUAUAGCGUUCUACUGGAGAUGGUUGUAUGUCGCAGCCCUAACAGCCCCAAGAGAUUUCUCGGCUCUCUGGUGCUACUUCAAAAUUUUGUGGCUGACAAGAAACUUUACAAAUAAAAAGUGGUCCAUGCCUGAUAUAUUCCAUCAAAUGGUUUUGAAACAUCCAAACAAGGCUUGCUUCUUGUUUGAAGACGAGACAUGGACAUUCAAACAGGUAGAAGACUACAGUUUGAGAGCAUCGGCAGUCCUAAAAUCCGAAGGUGUGAAGCGCGGUGACGUAGUUGCGGUAAUGAUUGGCAAUUGUCCCGAGAUGCCGGCGAUCUGGCUCGGGGCCACUCGGCUGGGCGCAGUGGCCCCCCUCAUCAACACCAACCAGACCGGGAACACGUUACUGCACUCCAUCAACGUCGCUAAAUGUGAUGUUGUCAUUUAUAGUGAUGAGUUUUCGACAGCUUUCCAAGACAUUGCAAAAGAGUUGAACCCUUCAAUCAAACUCUACAAGUUCACUCGGCGACCCCUCAACACGUCUGCUGACGCUGUCAGGGUAGUUGAAACCACUGGAGACUUCACUGCUAUGUUGGAGAACGUCACGCCUGCUCCCUGGUCACAGGCCGAUGGUGAAGGCUUCAACGGAAAGCUAUUGUACAUCUACACCUCUGGAACUACGGGUUUGCCAAAGGCAGCAGUUAUUUCUUCCUCUCGAAUGGUGUUCAUGGCAUCAGGGGUUCACUACCUCGGCAGUUUACGAGCUAACGAUAUCAUCUACUGUCCGAUGCCGCUGUACCACUCGGCUGGCGGCUGUAUCACAAUGGGCCAAGCCUUCAUCUUCGGCUGCACUAUAGUCCUGAAGACCAAGUUCUCAGCUUCAGCGUACUUCCCCGACUGCAUCAAAUACAAUGCCACGGUGGCUCACUACAUUGGCGAGAUGUGCCGUUACGUGCUGGCGACUCCACAGGCGGCGACAGACAAGCAGCACAAAGUCCGAACUGUUUAUGGCAAUGGAAUGAGACCAGCGAUUUGGACAGACUUCGUGAAACGUUUUAACAUUAAGAAGGUGGUCGAAUUCUACGGCGCUACCGAGGGAAAUGCAAAUAUCGUAAACAUCAACAACAGAACAGGAGCCAUUGGAUUUGUGUCAAGAAUCAUACCCGCUGUGUACCCCAUCGCCAUCCUCAAAGUGGACCCUGAAACUGGAGACCCUAUUAGGGACAAAAAAGGUUUAUGUCAGUUGGCGCAACCCAACCAGCCAGGAGUAUUCAUAGGAAAAAUAAAGCCCAACAAUCCAUCCCGAGCUUUCUUAGGUUACGUGGACAAGGACGCUUCAGACAAGAAGAUUGUAAGAGACGUGUUCACUUUCGGAGACUCAGCAUUUAUUUCAGGUGACAUCUUGAUGGCUGAUGAGUUGGGCUACCUGUUCUUCAUGGACCGCACGGGAGACACGUUCCGGUGGCGUGGAGAGAAUGUCUCUACUACCGAGGUGGAGUCUGCUAUCUCGAGGGUCGCAGACCAACGAGAUGCUGUAGUGUAUGGUGUUGAAAUUCCCAACACCGAUGGCAGAGCAGGCAUGUGCGGUAUCGUAGAUACGCAAGGUUCCCUGGAUUUGGAAAAGCUGGCUAAGGACAUUGCGAAAGAUCUGCCCAAAUAUGCCCGACCCAUAUUCAUUAGGGUCAUGACAAGCGUCGACAUGACAGGUACUUUCAAAAUGAGGAAAAUUGAUUUACAAAAAGAAGGCUACAAUCCAUCGGUAGUCAAAGACAAACUAUUUUAUUUAGACCCUAAAACAGGGAAAUAUGUGCCUCUUGGCAAUGAAGAGUACGAGAAAAUUAUUUCUGGACAAAUUAGACUGUGAUUUUAAUUUUAUUGACUUUUUAAAGAUGAUAUUAUGUGCCUUCGCUGUAUAGGAAACAUUAUGUGAUACUGUUAAAGUGCAAGAUUACUAGAAAAGUGAUUAGAUGAAAAAAUAUUAACCAUUUUGUCUUUAUUCUUUUUUUAUGUAAAAUUAAAGUGUAAACUUUCCUACGAUAUAUGCCUUAAAUAGUAUAAGGUAAUUGUAACUAUGAACUCCAUAAAAUUAAGUUAGUUAAGGACAUAGCAUUUAAAAAGGGUAGUUUAACAUUAUACAUCUCAUCAUUUUAUCAUAAUGUGUGCCGCACAAUUUUUAACAAUUUAAAAACAUUUCUUAAAAAAAAUAUUAAAUUGUCAUGUUCAUCUUUUGAUAAUUAUCGGAUGGCUAUCUUUUUUCCCAGUGUUUAUAAAACUCAUGGAUUUCAGUCUCAUUUUGUCAAUUUAUAUCACUCACAAAUUAAUCACCUAAAAUCCCUACAGUAAUCCAACCAAGAUUCAAACAAUAACAAAUUGUCAAAAUAAGAUUUGUAUCUAAAUUUUGGGGUAUUUUAAUAUUUGCACUCUGCAUCCAUUGCUAUUUGUAGAGCACUAACGAUACUCAAAAGGAUUUUGCACUAUCAAUGCAUAGGUUUGCUUACUAAAGCGCAAUUAUUAACAACUAUCAGAUACAACAAUGUUUA